AGAAUGAAAAGUAAUGCUGAGAAAUAAAUGAAGCUUUCCUCUUCUGACUUGGAUAUUUAUCAUGGGUAUCGGGAAGUCUAAAACGGAUCCCUGCCCUCUUUCUCUCUCUUGGGGUAAAAGCCACAGUGUGGAUACAAGUCAAAGACAUCACAAGUCAGAUUCCGGGAAAUCUGAAGAGCACUCCCUGCGUGAUCAUGUUGUGCAGAGCAGUGUAGCAGAGAUGCCAGCAGAGGGACAGGAGGGAGCCGAGGCGGGGGAGGAGAGGCCUGAAGAGGAAGCAGAAGAAGAGGAGGUGUUCUUCAAAUUUGUGAUACUGCACGCCGAGGACGACACAGAUGAAGCCCUCAGAGUACAGAAUCUGCUGCAAAAUGACUUCGGCAUCAAACCUGGCAUAAUCUUUGCCGAGAUGCCCUGUGGCAGACAGCAUUUACAGAAUUUAGAUGAUGCCGUCAAUGGGUCUGCCUGGACAAUCUUACUGUUGACCGAGAACUUUUUAAGAGACACCUGGUGUAAGUUCCAGUUCUACACAUCCCUCAUGAACUCCGUGAACCGGCAGCACAAGUACAACUCUGUCAUCCCCAUGCGGCCCCUCAACAGCCCCCUGCCCCGGGAAAGGACUCCCUUUGCUCUGCGAACCAUCAACGCCCUGGAGGAAGAAGGUCGUGGCUUUCCUACACAAGUGGAAAGGAUUUUUCAGGAGUCUGUGUAUAAGAUACAACAAGCUAUAUGGAAAGAAACCAGAAAUAUGGUAUGAAGGCGAUUUACCGCCUGAGAUGGACACACGACACAUGGCUUGCUCUUAUUUUGUAAAAUGAGUGAUUUGUCUUCAUUUGAGAAAGCAAAUUUCUAGGAAAAGUUUAAAUGAAAGAGAUCCUUGCUCUUAUAGAAACUAAGAGCACAAGAAGGCUAAAUUUCUGCAGGACAAGCUAUAGAAUUGCGGUACUUUUUCAUGUGGCCAUAAACUUGAAAUUCUCAAGAGUUUCAAGAACUCUGUUUCCUCUCACAGUUUUCCUAGUUCGUGAUUACGACAAAGAGUAUUUUAAAUUCGUAUUCCUUGUAUUGAAUGUGAACAGAAACUUAUGAUGAAUAUUUUUAAAAUCCAGUGUCACAUUCGUUUUGUUCUCAAAGGACAUGGAGAGAAAAAUGGCCUCGAGAGAUCUGCCCUCCUCCCUCUUAAGGCACCUCUCGUGAAUGUUGCAGGGGAGUGUUGCCGCUACUGCCACCCAGCAAGAGGGACAGGCAGACUGGAACAUUUACAAUGGUUUUUUGAGGAUUUGUUUUGUUUGUUUGGGUUUACCUUUGGAAUGUUGAGUGCUGAUAACUAUGAAACCAAAAAUAGAUGUGAGAAUGGUGGGGCUUUUUACAAGAAUCCAAUCAAAUGUGUUUUCUGGAAUUUCUGCUGGAAUUUGCAUCCUUGGAGGCAAUUCCCACCACUAAUUAGUGGCACAUUUGAUAACAGUGUGGUUAGGGACUCCAUGUCUGGUGUUGUGAUGACCCCUGGAGUCAGAAAUUCUCGACGGUAGUCACUUCUGUAACCAAUGCUUUAUGUGAAGAGCUUCUGAAAGGUGUAGAUGUACUUGGCCAGAUGUUCUCCUUUAGAAAUCAGUAACCUCUCCUCUGGCAGCCUUUAAAAAUUCCUCUGUCCUUUUUCCGCAAUGCUCUAUCCAGGAAAUAUUUCUCAGCGUGGUGAUUAGAGUAGCCUGAUUCGUGUGUGUGUGUGUGUGUAUGUGUGUGUGUGUGUGUCUGUGUGUGUGUGGUGUAGAUGAUUUUCAGACUUGGGAUAGGAGUAGGAGAUGUGUUUUAUGGCCUCCCCUUCUGUGUCCCACUCUCAGAGUGAGACCAGUUCCUUUCUCUCACAGCCUUUCUGCCCCAGCUGCGGUGGAGGGGAACCACCAAGUCCAGACCAGGGAUAGGGUGGAGUGUGAAUCCCGUCAUGUCAUGAGAAAGGCACCCAGUGGGGGGUCAGACACCUGACCAGUCCAGUCUCUUUCACUGAGGAUGAGUGUGACCAUGGGCCAGCGACUCCCCCUCUUUUAUCUGGGAAAUGAAAGCACUGGAUUGAUGAAUCUGAAGGUCUUUGUCUUCUCCCAGAAUGUGAACAACUAGGAACCAGAGAAGGGAAUAAGCAAAAAAAGAUAGAAUUUUAUAAUGUGAUAUAUAAUAUAGUAGAUGCAGGAGGCUUCAUAUAUAUAUGCUUACAAUGAAAGGAUAUUCUUACAUGUUUACAGCGUAACUGAUUUCUAAUGCUGUGCAUUACACUUUGAUAGUCACAGAAAAGUAUUGCGAUACUUGCUUACAGAGCUUUUUUUAAUACAUUUUUUUUCCUAGGGACUCUUGAGCAAAGACAUUCUGCCUAAUUUUUCUUUCUCUUUAUCCCCACUUCUCCAUUUCCCCUACUAACACUGGGGUCUGCUCACAUCCUUCUGCAGUCUGCCUUUUCCUGGUCAUGAGCCAGCAUGUUUCAUAAUCGUGUGAGUAAGUCAAGCCUCGCCUCUGUUAGUACAUAUCAAAGAUGAACUUCUUCUUCUAUCGUAGUAGCUUACUACUCACUUUUCUUCUUCAGUUCUAAUGAUAAGGACUUUUUUUUUUGCCAUAUUGCUUCCUGUAUCUCCAAAUUCACAUAAAAGUAAAACAUUCAUUAAUCGCCCACCCUUCCUGCCUGCCAAAGUUGGAGCAAUUGAUGCUGGAUGGUGUUUUUAAAAUAAAUGUCUUUAUUCUUUGCCUUUGA